AUCCAACCCGAGUAUACACGGGAAGGAGGUAGUUUGGUGCGAUCGUUACGUGUCUCCGAAGAAAUCGCGCUCUCUUCGCCUGUUCAAAUUGUGUUCGCAAGUGCCCGAGUCUCUUGGGGCCCAUAUCUCAACCCGCUGAACGUAAGAACCUUUCCAAAAAUGGGCGACCGCGCAAUUAUUAUGCAGUAUGCACGAAUCGCGGGCGUCGUGAUGGCCUACUGGGUGAUCUCAAUUUCUCUCGUUUUCAUCAAUAACACACUGCUCUCGGACAAGGACCGAAAACUGGACGCUCCCCUGUUCAUCACAUUCUUUCAGUGCGUGGUUUCUUCGGCCCUCUGCGUCAUCCUGAGUUUUUUGAGUGAAAAAAUGCCGGGCGUCUUUCAUUUCCCCAGGGUGGAUCUGAAUGUGUCGGUACUCAGGGCGCUGCUCCCGCUUUCGGCGUUCUUCGUUGCCAUGGUCGCCUUCAACAAUCUUUGUUUGAAAUAUGUCGGAGUCGCGUUUUACACCGUGAGCCGAUCCUUGACUACGGUGUUUAAUGUCAUCUUUACGUACUUGGUGCUGCACCAGUCGACCUCCAUGGCUGCCAUAGCCUGCUGUGGCAUCAUUGUAUCCGGUUUUCUUCUAGGAGUCAACCAGGAGGGCCUUAUGGGGUCGCUCUCGAUCUUUGGAGUGACCUGCGGCGUUCUUGCCAGUGCCACGCUUUCCAUGUACAGUAUUUACACCAAGAAAAUGCUGCCCCUCGUCGGGGACAGCGCAUCCUUGCUCACCUACUAUAACAACAUCAACGCCGUGCUGCUCUUCUUUCCCCUCAUGAUUGUGUUUGGCGAGCUUCCGACCGUCUUCCGCUUUCCUUUCCUCGCUGACCCCACAUUCUGGGUCCUCAUGCUCGUGAGCGGCGUCUUUGGGUUCCUGAUUGCUUACGUGACGAUGCUUCAGAUACAGGUCACCUCUCCCCUCACCCACAACGUUAGUGGCACGGCGAAGGCCUGUACACAAACUGUGCUUGCUGUGGUGUGGUUCUCAGAAGCGAAGAGCGUCCUCUGGUGGGUGAGCAACGGUCUGGUUUUGCUUGGAUCGGCAGCCUACACGCGGGUACGUCAGCUGGAGAUGCUCAAGCUCCACCUGGACACUGCCAAGAAUGAGGACGCCACUGAAAAGGGAAUUGUGCUUAAAGUGUGAACUUGAGGUGCAUGAAAUGCAUGAGGUGGGGGAGGGGACUGCCAGAGACUCUCCAACCCUUUCACCAAUUCAGUCCCAGCUGCAAGAUCAGGCUUCUUAUAGUGCUACUCUUGUCACCAGUGGCGUUAAAAACUGUACCCCAUAGUUUUUUUGUUUUUUUUUUCAGUUUUGUGUUCAUUUGUUUACUGGCUUCCCGUACAAUUCCUGGCUUAUGGUACUGAGAGGAGGGCUGUUUCUCGUUUUACCCGGUUAAUCCAGGAAACUUUCCCCGUUGCAUCUUUGCAGCCUGUCUGGUCAUUUUUAACUAGGCACGCUGGCAACUGCACCUGUAGCAUUUGUUGAGUGGCACACAAUGAUGCACUGUACCUGUUUUCAUUUUAGUGCAACGUGUAUGGGUGGAGAACAGAAAUGCACCAUUCGGUGUUAUUGUCACUCCUAAAGACAGAAUCAAUCUGGUUGACGUGGCGAAAUUUGUCGUGCAAAUGGGACUAAUCUUGCAGUUUUCAUUUCUGCAGUGUUGGGGUGACAAUAGUGCAAGGUGGAGUAGAAGCAUUCAGAGAAAACUGUUGCAGUAACUUUUGCGGAUUUGAUACCUUGCAAAACCAAGGAGAUUUCGAAACAUCAACUACAAAGCCGAGAUUGCACAUCCCUUCCAAAUAGCAAAAUUGGUUAGGUUUGGCAGGUACUGAUGGUACUGGUUUCUUGUUAGUUUGUAUUUUUAGGCUAUGCAUUAGUUACGAUGGUCCUGAUAUUUUGUCAUAUGCCUACUUCUGAAACACUUGCAUGCCUUAUGCUUUAACUGCAAUCAUUGAGCAUGUGCAUAAGCAAGCAAAUUAAGUUGAUCAGCAAAGUCAUUACUGGAUUAAGCUACUACAAGGGCUUCAUUAAACAGCUAAUUCUGACCUGAAAAACAGCUAAUAUUUUUUUUUACUUAUUUAAGAAAUUAUUUUAAAUAUAUCUGACCUCAAUUGACAUGUAUAAAUGUGUGAUAUUGAACUUUUCUAAAACAUUUGCUGAGAUAAAUUCUGCUUGUUCAGAGCAAGCUUCCAGAAAAUGCAUGCAGAAGAGUGCUUCCUCAUAUUUAACUUCCCAAUUCAGACUACCAUCAAAGCAAGCAAAUGGAAAAUGCAUAGUUUUCAGGUUGGAAUUUUUAGAGAUUUCCUCUUGACACUGUUUGCACAACGGUGUCAUAUUUUCAGUUUUAUGAGGGCUUGGAUUAAAUAAGGUUUAUAUGCAGCUGAAUGAACAAUGUAUGCACACAUUUUUUUUUUCUGCCCCAUAUUGAGUCUGCUUUUGUACAUACAUGCACCAGUUUGCUUUUAUCAAUGAAUUCUGCAAGAAUAUGCUAAUAGCAGUUUAGGUAAAGCACAACUGCAACACAUGUUUAAUCAGGGUGCACCUUCUUCAUUGUAUUCCAAUUUUCAAUUUGCUAAUCAGUGUUUAAACAAGUGCCAUGAAAUAGUGCAAAGAUUGUUUUGAAGUUGUGUUCAUAUUUCACAGCAAUGUGUUUUACAGUAAUGGCUGAUUGCCUCUGGGUUUAGUCAGGGUUCAGUCAUGGAACUAUAAAAUAUGACAUCCUGCACCUCGUGUUGCUGGAAAUGUGAUCUCGUGAGGGUGAUUAAUAAUUGUUGCUAUCAAUGUUUGCUAUUGAAUCUGCUGCUUUUCUGCUUCAAAAAUUCAACUCAUGUUUCUUGUGUCAUGCCAGGGCAGUGGCACUGACUGUACAGGGUGCUCAUAAGUGCUAUUCAGUAAAAGAAAAUAUAUUAUAAAUGGGUAAAUUAAUUGAGUGCUAUGCAACUUAACUGUGACUUAUACUCAAAUGUUGUGAGUAGGUUUCUAGAAAAAAGGGGGAGGGGGGAAUGGUGCUUUUCCUAUAGAAAAGCGGAAACAAACCGUCUCAUUGACGCUGCUACUCACAGGCGGCACCAAAUGGAACACAAACUUGAAAGCUUUUUGAGAUAAUAAUGUCCCUUGAUGGUAAAAAGAAAAGAAAAAGAAAGAUGAUUGUGUGUCAAUUUUGUUUUUUUAUUUGGUGAGGUUUUUUUUUGGUAAACAAUAGGCAAGCAUCAACCAGACGGCUUGUUACCAUUUUUUUUUUUAACUUAGGUUUUUUUUUGUCUUGUAUAUUUUCCCCAGAGACCUACACACACAAUUUAAGUAUGAUGACCUAAAGACAUAUUUGUAAAAUCGAACGUUGGUUGGUUUCUGCAGAGGUCUGGCAUUUUGAAAUGUGGCACUGCUGUAUGAAUUGUAGGAUGUCACGUUCUGGAACAUUCAGGGAUUCGGCAAAGCUCAGAAAUCUCCCGCACAACGUGCCAAGCUGCAGUCUUUAUUGCAAGCACAUUUUAUCAGCCCAGACAGCUUGCUAAACUUUAUAAGGUCACUUGAAAUGAGUGAGGCUAAGACAGGCUGUCAAUCGCCACCGAGAAAAAACAAAAAGCCGGAGCUCUUUUCGAUGUUGCAGGUCACGGUACCAAGAGACCUUCCAGGGUGGUAAUCAGCGAUCUACCUCAUGCAGGGCACUACACACCCAUAAUUGGAUCUCUUGUCUAAAUAGCGCCGCCUUGGCCCAGAAUCCUAGAGAUGAAAGCAACUGUUCUCCCUUCAUUUCGUAUUGGAUCAAAAAUGCAACUCGGCCCGUUGCCAGAGCGGUUUUCACGACUCGUCAAAACCAUGAAUGUUUCUAAGCAUCGCAUCCUAAUAAAAAAAGAAGGAUGAAGUAGAGCAAUAAUUCAAGUUUGUCUGAAGUGGACUCGUUACUUUUGGUCACGCUGAGAAAUGUAAAACGAAUCGUAACUCUCGGCCCAAUAGAGUAAGCAGACGGCGUUAUGAAUUGUGCUUAAUGCUUAUUUGCCCCUCUUGUCUAACCCCAAAUCUUUGUAAGUGCAGACUCUUGUUUCUUGCUGUUUUCCCAGCAACAAAGCGGUGACGCGAUACGGGUGUCAGGUGCUCAUAAAACUGUAUCAACCUGUUCAAUUCGAAAAUGCUCACCCAUUGUUUAAUGUCGUACAAUUUGGUGUGACUUCGCAUGCAUGCUGCGCCGCACACGAUGCGGUGCUGUCAAAUCAAUGUGAAAAAUUGGCACCUGGCAAUUUGACGAACUGACUUUUUCUUCCCGGAAGUGAAUAAUAGGGAUAGAUGUUUCGGGGUGAAUACUUCAAAGCGCGACUUUGCCUGAAAAAGUAGAAUGAAGGCGUUCCAUUUUCAAAACGAGAAGCUUGUUCAUCUGAGCCACUUUCGCUAUGUGCCGAUUUUUAGGUAUUAACAGACACAUACCAUUGAAAAGUUCCAAGGGUUCUAUUGUUUAGAACUUCCUCGCAAGAACGGCUUUUUCUGUGUUUCUAAAAAAAAACAAAAAACAUCUAGGUAUGCAAAAUGCCUUAGUCAGCUCCCUAGAAAUUUUUUUCACAAUUGCAUUCUUUUUGUUUCAUUUUUGCCAAAACAGAUAUGGCACAGGUGCUAAUUCUGUUUAUCUUGGAGGCCGUCGCACGCUGCAUUUUGUUCCUUUCUUUAAUGCAAGUCUAUUGUCGACAUUGUCUGCAUGCAGAUGACGGCUUUGUCUUGGUUUUCUAUGGCGACGGCACUUCCGCUAUACAUUGUUUCCCACGGCGAGGCUGUUCCGCUCUUUCGAUGGUGCUGCCGUUUAUGGACCAGCGAUGCCAUCUCUCUAGUCUGUCGAAAAGCAUGAGUGGCGCUCGUGCGCCGAUGGAUGUUUGAAGAAUCUGUAUGAAGAACUAACUGUCUUUUGUUCAUGAACCAUUUGUUUGGAGCACAUGACACGACAUAAAGGUUUAAAGCCAGCUG